CCACUACAUCGCACCACUGCGGUAGGAGCGGGGAAGGCAGCAGCGCAAGGGGACCCGGCAGGCUCAGUUCACCAACAAAUCCAGGUGGCGAGUGUGUCUCCGACUUUAUCGCGGAGGAGGACUUUACCUGAGAGGACAUAUAAAGACAUCUCCCAGGGCAAUUCUACAUAGCGAGAGAACUUUUGGCUGUUGCUCCGUGAUUUUUUUUUUAACCCCAUCUCCGUAACCUUGGAAGUCAGACCUGUUUAUUGUGAGAGAGGAUGGGACCGCUACUCCUUUCCAUCGCCCUGUGUUUGAGCGCCGCUGUCCCGCAGCAUGCGAAAGCAGCAGAUGGUGAGGAACCAACUUCAGCAGGCCCUUGCCAUCCAAACCCUUGCCACAACAGAGGAACAUGUGAGAUCAGUGAGACCUACAGGGGCGACACCUUCAUUGGUUACGUCUGCAAGUGUCCACCAGGCUUCAGUGGAGUUCACUGCCAACACAAUAUUAACGAAUGCGAAAGGGACCCAUGCAAGAAUGGAGGCAUUUGCACAGAUAUGGUUGCCAACUAUUCCUGCGAAUGCCCUGGGGAGUACAUGGGGAGGAACUGUCAGUACAAAUGCUCUGGACCACUGGGCAUGGAGGGCGGUAUAAUCUCCAACCAACAGAUAACAGCAUCUUCCACCCACCGUGCGCUCUUUGGCUUGCAGAAGUGGUACCCAUACUUUGCACGCCUCAACAAGAAGGGCCUGGUCAAUGCUUGGACUGCUGCCGAAAAUGACAGAUGGCCGUGGAUACAGAUAAACCUGCAGAGGAGAAUGAGGGUCACGGGCCUAAUUACCCAGGGUGCAAAGCGUAUCGGCAGCCCAGAGUACGUCAAGUCUUACAAAGUAGCCUACAGUGAUGACGGGAAGACUUGGAGAACAUACAAAGUCAAGGGCAAAGAUGAGGAUAUGAUUUUCAGAGGAAAUGUUGAUAACAACGCUCCAUCAGCCAACUCCUUCACGCCUCCCAUUGAAGCCCAAUAUGUGCGAAUUUACCCCCAAGUCUGCAGGAGGCACUGUACCCUACGCAUGGAGCUGCUCGGCUGUGAGCUAACAGGCUGCUCUGAACCACUAGGAAUGAAGUCGGGCCAUAUCCAGGAUUACCAGGUCACGGCAUCCAGCAUCUUCAGGACGCUCAACAUGGACAUGUUCACUUGGGAGCCUGGAAAGGCCCGGUUGGACAAACAGGGCAAGGUCAAUGCUUGGACAGCUGGACAUAGUGACCAGUCACAGUGGCUACAGGCGGACUUGCUUGUGCCUACCAAGGUCACAGGUAUCAUCACCCAGGGAGCUAAAGACUUUGGCCAUGUCCAGUUUGUCGGCUCAUACAAGCUGGCAUACAGCAAUGAUGGAGAGCGGUGGAAUAUAUAUCAAGAUGAGAAACAGGGGAAGGACAAGGUAUUCCAGGGGAACUUUGACAACGACACCCACAGAAAGAACGUGAUAGAUCCACCCAUCUACGCUCGGCUCAUCCGGAUUCUUCCCUGGUCAUGGUACGGCAGGAUCACUUUGCGUGUAGAAAUACUCGGAUGCACAGAGGAAGAGUGAAGUCCAUUCCUCCAUCUUUCUUGCCCCUGUCCCUUGGCAUACUGGAUUAUCUCACCCAGUAUUUCAAAAAUAAACUGUGCAACCUGUAAAAAGAAAUCAAUUUCCAAGGGAUUUUUCAAGAAUACGUGUUUGGUUGUGGUGGGUUGCUGUUUGUUCUUUUGUACAAUGAUUUCAAACCUGCCCCUGCCCCUGAUUUGUCUUUUUAGUUUCCUCUUCAAGGCGUGAUCUUUGUCUUUUUAUUCUUCUCAAGAUUUACCAUCCUGUUUGGAAUGAACUUCUGUAAUAUAUAUUGGAGGGGUGGGGUGGGGAUGGAGUCGGAAGGGGGGGUCUUGCUGUGGUUUUAACUUGUUGCCAUGGAAGUAUUGUACAGUGUCACUUUUUAACAAAGAUGUGAAAUCUGUCUGCCGUGCUUCAUCGGACAUGAUUAACCAACUUCAUAACAUCACUAAACCAUCUAAAAUACCAUGUAGAUUUCACACGUUAUAACAUUAUCAGAUAUAUUUUUACUUUGAUUACUACACUUCCUCAAGCCAUCCUUUUACCCUAAUGGACACGGACAUUACUACAUCAAUCAAAACACUAUUAAUGCUCUUGUAUUAUAUGUAAAAGACUAAGAAAUUGCAUGGUGCGUGAAUUAUAGAUGUAUAUUAUGACAAAUCAUUUAAAACCUCCAGCCCUGAGAGCAAUGGCUUUGAUUUAGGGACCUAUUUUUAUGUGCAUUUUUAAAUAGUUCUGAAACAUUACAGCACACUGCAAAAGCUUUCUGAAAAAUACUGAUAUGUUAAACGUUCUACUGCAGCACUGACACUGAGGCUUACAGUAUAGGCUGUCUCUAGUUGAAAUGUCUUAAUAAGGAGUUUCCUUUUUUUUUAAAUCUAUUUCAUCAUCGCUACACCUUUUCUAAGAUAUUUGGAAUUAUUGUUUGUGCUCGUUCUUUUUUGAUAUUUAUUUAGAUGUUAUUUGUCUCAGCUGUCAGAUUCAUAAAAUCUGUCUUUAAUGUCUUUGUGUUGUCUUGGAGAUCUAAGUUGAAUCAAUUAAAAAAGCUCAGGAUAGAUGUCGUUCAUAUUAACCCACAAAAGAAUAACUUUUGGCCACCUAUUUAAAGAUAACUCUGUUUAUUAUUUAAAGAAAAUGUCAAAUGAGUGAGAGCAGUUAUUUAAAUCAUGUCCAUAUAUGCAUGAUUUAAAUAUAGUACUUUAUUUCCUUUAAUCCCUUUGAUAUGGUAAAUUAGAAAUGCUAAUUAAGUUCUUUAUUUUUUAAAACAGAGCAAAUGUCCAGGAUUAAUAAUAUAUUAAUUGUCAUUAUCUCAAAUCUACAAUGAUAUUGAGCCGUGGUACCAGUACAGAGCUCUAAAUGAAAUAUGGGCCGUAUCUUUGUGUCAGGGGAUCUGAUCUUUAUUAUCGUACUGGAUGAGAAAUUAUAUAUUAAUUGAUUAUAAAGUACUUGUGGGUAUUUCCACAUGACAUGACAGCAGCGCUCUCCAUGUUCAGAUAGUUUCAGGGUGCUAAAAAUAUUUAGACACAUUAAGGUUAAAUGGAUAAAGAUGCCAAUCACAUCAAAACAUUCAGUUUAUGCAAUUUUCUGUUUAUGGGUUCUGCUGUUGGCUGCAAAUGAACAUCAGUGCUUGGCUGGUUAGAUAAAUGGAGGCAAACAAGUACCUGAGGUAUCACAGCAGUGUGAAACCUUGCAGCCCAUUCUACACAGCUUAAAAAUAGGCUUGGAUUACUCCAGUGGUUUCCACUCUUCACUAGUUUUCUCAAAGCUCUCGAGUGCUAGAAUAAGAGCUGAAGGAAGACAUGUCUACUUUUAUGCUUCAUGUUUCACUUGAGACGUGUCAGCUUUCAGUCACUUACCUGCUUACCUUACAAUUAACCAAGUCAUUUCAUAUUGUAGAAAUACAAUGUAUUUGUUCUGAGACUGCGGCCCAGCCUGAAAGAGAAAGUAAGGCAUUGCCUAAGACAGAGGGCACUGUUAUUUCCAUCACGUUAUAUACAGAACCAGUCAAAAGUUUGUGUCCAAUCGUUUGACUGGUUCUGUAUAUUGUGAAUAAAACUGCAUUGGAAUCAUUCAGUUUUGGAUGUAUACACCCAAAAUUAUGAAAAAACUAAGUGACAAAAAACAAUGUGUUAUCAUCCUAACAUUUUGGAGCUUUGUUGUUGCCAGGGCAUUUUCAACUAUCAUGCUAUCAACAUGGAUGUUAUUAUAGUUUACAAGUAACCAUACGAAGUCUGAAAACAAAACAAAAACAUUUUAUCUGGAUAAUUUGUUUAGCCGACUGUGUUCUGAUUUGGCAAUAUAUGAUAUAGUAUACUAUAAUUGCCCAGAUUUGUUUUAAGAUAGGGAUUUCUUGGGGAGGUCUUGGAAAUUCUGUUAUGUUGCUAAACCUGACCCUUCAAUGUACGUUACACUCAAAGACUUUGCUGUAGAUGAACAAUGUGAAAUGUGAGAAUUGUUAGUGGUGCGUCAUUCUUUCAUGGACACAGGAUAAGCAUAAACAGAUUACUUCUCACAGAUUAUUUCUCUUGAACAUGUUCCAUUUUGACUUAAAUUGUUUAUUGCCAAAUUGCUAUAUCUUGGCCAGCAUCUGCUCUGAUUGAUCUUUGUAGUCAGCUUCCUGUCAGCAGGCCUGCUACAAAGCUGUGAGGAAGUGUGCAUGAUGUAUGAGUUUGAACAGUACAGUAUACCAAACAUGUCCAGAGGCACAUUAUGUUCUUGCAUAUCAUAAAGAUCUAAUAGCCUUUACUUUGUAUUCACCUUUGAUUGUCUUGUGCAUUGUAAAACGUCAUCUCGCAGGUUCAAAAAGGGAGCAUAUUGAAAACUCAUCCUGUAUUUCUGUGUCAGCUGUUCACAUAUCAUGUCUUACCUCCUCAGUCUGAGUGUCAAUCAUUAUCUAGAAAAUGUACCUAUUAUAAUGGUGGUUACGUUCGAGCCUGCAGAGGAGGGUGAGAAACUGUGUACAGUCCAAAAAAGAUGUUGCUUCAAACAAAAGCUCUUUCAGUUUGACAAAUAAAAACAUAUCUGUGAAAAUGA